AUAAAUAUUUCAAAAUGGCUGCGUCCAUGUCGCAGAAGGAUGGUCAACUCUGUAUCAACAAAACUACGGAAAAGAAAACUAAAACUGGCAAAAGUCGACGAGAAACAGCGGUACAAGGAACCAAUGACAGCUCCAUCGUCAGUAAGUGUUCCAUGGCCAGCGUUGGCUACUUCAGCGACCCGUAUCUCCACUGUUUCGUUUCCAAGACGACCAGGAGGUCUCCACUAAUCCACAGAGGGUACUAUGUCCGUGCUAAAGCUGUGGAUUUCUUCUUAAAGAAGUUUCUGGAGACAUACCCACAGAAUAAUCAGAUCGUGUCUCUGGGUGCUGGAUUUGAUUCCACCUAUUUUCGUCUGAGAUCCGAGGGAGUGUUGACAAAUACUUCGUUUUGUGAGGUUGAUUUUCCAGAGGUAGUGCAACGUAAAAAUGCUGUGAUACAGAGCAAUGAAGACUUAAAGAAUUUAAUUCCUGGCCUGAAGACCCAGGGUGCCAAGAAAAACCCUCUGAUUGAAAUUAACACAAGGAACUACAAACUUUUGGGAGUGGACCUUACUCAGCUGAACACAUUGGAGGCCUGCUUCAAUCUUUGUGGGGUAGACUGGGACACACCCACCUUGUUACUGUCAGAGUGUGUGAUGACGUACAUGACCCGAAGAUGUUCCUCAGCAGUUGUGAAAUGGGCAGGAGAAGCAUUCUCUGAGGCAGUUUUUAUCCUGUAUGAACAGAUAAAUCCUAACGAUGCAUUUGGAAAGUUCAUGCAGAACCAUUUCCAGUUGAUUGGCUCUCCACUGAAGUGCAUCAAUUCCUUCCCAACACUACACACACAACGGGACAGGUUCCUCAAUCUGGGUUGGAGUCGCAGUGAGGCAGCAGACAUGAACCACUUCUAUGCGGAGUUGGUACCGCCUGAUGAGCAGCACCGCGUGGAGUCACUGGAGCCGUUUGAUGAGUACGAGGAGUGGCACCUGAAAUGUAACCACUACAUGGUGGUGAACGCCACCAACUCCGACAGCUUCCCUUCUCUGUUGCCAGAAAUCCUAACAUCACAGGACACUGACAUCAAAGACUGUAUCACUGUGGAAGGAGGGACCGUCUCAAACCCCAUAUGGAGAUUUGGACAUAGCAGUGUGUUGCUAAGUGAUGGUCACUCACUGGUCAGUUUUGGAGGCUUUGGGGAGGAGCUUGGUAAACACUGCAGGAUACUGGAUCUGACCAUCACGGACAUCAGGACAUUGCAGUCCUACACAGUACCAGUCAAGGUCAAUCCGAGGGAAGUUCAAGUAAGCAGAAUGCAUGAUCAGAGCGUCUUACUGAGGGAUGGAUCCGUGAUUCUGAUGGGAGGAAGAAUAUCCCCUAUUCACUUGUGUAACCAGGUUCUGAGAAUUGAAUUUACCCCAGCUAGAGGUAGUCAAGCGGAGUCGACUGUGAUCACCCCAGCUAGAGGUAGUCAAGCGGAGUCGACUGUAUUGUGUACAAAUUGUGGGAACACCACAAAUUCUGUUUGUGAUCACAAGGAGAAUGUCUGCCCUGAGGAGUAUGUUCUGUUGGAGGGGAAUCAUUCUGAAGUGUGUGACAGUGAGCAGAAGACGAUGAACAAGAGCAGAAGACAGGAAGCCAGGACCCCAUCAGUGUGUAAUCAAUCCAAUUCAUCAGGCAAUAACUGUGAAAGACCGGGCAAUAAUCACAAUGGGGAGGGCAAUAACUGUGAAAGACCGGGUGAUAAUCACAAUGGGGAGGGCAAUAACUGUGAAGAAGAGUUUAGAAGACCUGAAGUGAAUUGUGUUCAGUUAAAUUCAGAUAGUGUUAGACCUGAUGAUAUAAAUAGAAGUGCAGAUCUUGUGGAGAAGUUAAGUAGUGAGGGUGUCUAUAAAUAUAACUCUGACAGUGAUGGGAAAGUCGAGAAGAAAAGUGGAAAAUCCAGCACUGAGGAGGAUUUCCACGGGUACUCGGGAGUCCGAAUCCAGGAAGUGUCGCCCUCUGGUGACGUGGUAUCUCCCCGCUGGAGACAUUCUGCUGUGCUGAUAGAACACCAUGGUCGCGACCUUCUGUUUUUACAUGGAGGCAGAACGGAUAAAAAGCUGGCAUUGGAUGACAGUUACUUACUGGACACGGAGUCUUUCACUUGGACAGAGAUUGAAGACAAAAGUCCGGGAAAGAGACAGUCCCACACUGCCUCAGUAUGGAGAGGUUAUGUGAUCAUUGCAGGGGGGAUGGACCAGGAACUUCGACCUUUGAACUCGGUCUACACAUUCAGUAUUCAGACACAACAAUACACAGAAAUACAGAUGCAGGGGAACCUGCUGCCGAGGUACUCCCACACAGCCCAUGUGAUAUCUGACCACCUGAUCCUGGUAGGAGGAGUCAAUGUCAAUCAUUCUGUUCCAGGCGUGGCAUUUGUUGAUAUUGACAACCAGAGGGCUACAGAAUUUGAAAUUCCAAUUGAGUACGGACAACAGCUUUUCAUGUUACACAAACACACCAGUAGUUACCUUGGAAACAACAGAAUCCUGGUGAUUGGUGGAGGAGGGAAUUGCUUUUCAUUCGGAACUCAUCUGAAUUAUUCUCCACUUGAGAUCGAUAUCAGCAGAUGCUGGGAAAAGUGUUGACGAGAACUGUAGAAUGCAUUCUCAUGUACGAAAUUUUAUUGUAUUUAAUGCUUUCUGCCCUUGAUGAAUUAUGUAUUUAUUUAAGAAAUGAAGACUAUGAUUUAUUUGAAUAAAAUAUAUGAUUACUAA